AUGCCGCUCCACACCUUGGACGACUUCCGCGACGAGAACGGCCCAUUCAUGCAUGGCGCCCACAAUCAAGCUCAAGAUCGUCCUGCUCGCAACCCUUUUGCAGAACGUGGUCGUCGACCUCGAAAUGGCGCGCGAAGAGCCCGAGCACGUAGUCCCAGUUGCGACACUUGCGGCUACGGCGGUGGCGGUAGCGACGAUGAUGAUCGAGAAGAACACCAAGAACUCGUCCUACUGCUCCAGGAUGACGAGGCGGAGGACACACAAUACGACCUGAUGCAUUUGGUUGCGUGGAACGGACUUGGAGGCGAGGGACGAGCCGGAGAGCCGUUGAUGAUCAUGGAAAUUGGUGGUGGUGAUCUACACCCUACCUUCGAACACGUUCAGGACCCUGCUGAAGCUGCUUUGGCAGGUCCAGAUCGACGAGGCGAGCGUCAGGAAAUGCGAGGUGCGGGUGAAGAUGGGUUGAUGUUCAGACGUCGCCGUGGCGGUAUAAGUGGGCCUACGAUGCGUGACGGAGGCGAGGGUGAAGGUCAAGCAGAUCCAUAUGGUAUGGGCAUUGGACCGGCAAGUGACUGGGUGGAUGGACAGCGUCGUUAUGCUCAUGGUCGUAGUCGUGAUCGUGGUCACGGCCGUGAUGAUUAUGGGAGGGCUUUGGAAUUGUUUCGUCGAGCAUUGAGGUAUCAAGGCUGA